AUGAUAAGUAAUACUAAUAAUAAAACUGAUCAAAGCGAAACAUUUGCUCAUUUAUAUGAGGUGCUUUUAUAUAAGAGGAAGGAUAUAAUAGCAAUUCAAGAAAAACUUGGUAUUAAUAGUAAUACGUUAAAGCAAAUAAAACACGAGUCCGAUGGAAAAACACUCGCUGAUUCAUAUAAGUUGCUAUUACAUUUGGUGGGAGAUUUAAUACUGAUACAGAAAAAUCUCGACAUUGAUGGCAACCCCAUUCUGGCAGUAGAAUAUAAUAAUGUGUCAAAUCAAAACAAUAGAGGUUCUUCCGAUUUAUCACUUUCGAAAUUAUUUAGUUUGCUUUUAUACUUGGAAGACGAUAUAGUAACAAUUCAGGAAAAAAUCAGUAUUCUUGGUUAUACUAAUCAAGAAAUGGCAGAAGAAGCUGAUAAAAAUGCGAGAGUGUACCUCCAAAGAUUUGAGAAAUUUCACGGCCCCUUAGAAGAUGAUCUAGGUGUGUUAAUAAAGAAAUUCGCUGAUAUAGGGGUAAAGAAAUUUUGGUUUACUGGUGAGGGACUACCAUUAUUUCCAAAUGUCUCUCCUCAACAAUUACAUGAAGUUUUCGUCAAAAAAUUAGCUAACAUCGAUCAGUGUCCAUGUCUAAAAUCAAAACCAGAAUAA